CGUCAUGGCUGGGCUGAUGUCCGGGUUCGGCAGCUUUACGCACGCGGUGGUUCGCGCGCUCCCUCAGUCUCUGGCUAAAGAAGCGCUCAGGACCGGCAGUCUGGAGGUGGACCUGCUCAAAGCGCAGGAGGAGCAUGACAAAUACGUGUCGGUUCUGAAGCACCGGCUCGGGCUGGAGGUGGUGGAGCUGCCCCCGCGGACGAGGGCGCUGCCGGACUGCGUGUUCGUGGAGGACGCGGCGGUGGUGUGCGGCGACACGGCGCUCAUCACCAGACCCGGAGCCGAGAGCAGAAGGAAGGAGACCGAGGCCAUGAAAGCAGCGUUGACUGAGCUCGGCCUCAGUAUAGUGGAGAUGACUGAUGAAUCAGCCACGCUGGAUGGGGGAGAUGUCCUAUUCACAGGUAGAGAAUUCUUUGUUGGAUUAUCGAUGAGGACCAAUCAGAGAGGAGCGGAGAUCCUGGCAGACGCAUUUAAAGACUACGCCGUGUCCACGGUUCCCGUUCAGGACAGACUCCAUCUGAAGAGUUUCUGCAGCAUGGCCGGCCCGGGUCUCAUCGCCAUCGGAGCCAGCGAAGCCGCGCAGAAAGCCCUGAAGAUUAUGCAGCAGAUGAGCGAUCAUAACUAUGAUAAACUCACACUUCCUGAUGAUUUGGCUGCAAACUGCGUCUACAUGAACCUGCCGAGUAAAGGAGACGUCCUGCUGCACUGCACACCGGAGGAGUUUCCUGAGAGCGCCAAGGUCUUUGAGAAGCUGAAGGAUCACAUGCUCAUCCCAGUGUCCAAUCAGGAGAAAGUGAAGGUGGACGGCGCGCUGACCUGCUGCUCGGUGCUCGUCAACAGGAAGAAGAACAUCUGAGAGACUCCUGAAAGCCAUUUACAAUCGUUUUAUCUUUGUUUGUGUUUUUUAACUCCAAUAAAAUGAAUCAGAUUGUUUCGUCUGAAGGGAAGGGAAUAUAAAAACAUACUUAAAGUCUGCUUUUUCUAAUAUGUGAGGAAAUUAAAAUACAUUUAUUUUUCUAUCCAGCACAACAUUCUUUUUUUUUAAAUGACUGAUGAAAGUGUGGUUUAAGUA